AUGGGACGAGCCUUCACAAGAAACGCCGCCAAUCUGACCGAACAAGAGGUAGAUGCCGGAUAUUGCCUACUCUUCGUAGACCAUCUCAAGGGAGCCGCGCUCAAAAGGUUUUCAAGACAGGAGCGCAAUUCAAUCGGCAGUUUCCAACAGCUCUCCACUCUGUUCCUCAAGCAGUACUCGAUGUUCAUGGAUCGAGGAACCUCUGAUGCCGACCUAUGGACAUUAUCCCAAGGACCGAACGAUCUGCUUCGGGACUACAUAGCGAGGUUCAAGGCGGUCGUAUCUAAAGUAGAAGGAAUAAGUGACAAGGCUGCACUCGAGGCUCUGAAGGGGUCUCUAUGGUACAAAUCUGAAUUCCGACGGGAAAUGGCCCUCAACACGCCACAAACUAUUCAAGAUGCCCUACAUCGGUCAUCAGACUUCGUCGUAAACGAGAAAGAGAUGAAAAAUCUGGACGAGCAGUACGAAGCGACGAAAGCAGCGAUCAGGAGCUCAAUCUUGACGCGCCCCUCGAAGAAAGGUAACCCGUCAAACAACACAACAACACAGAGCUCCGAGGAACCGAGAAGCGGAGGCGCCCAUAACUAUCAAGUAGGCGCUGGACGUAGAAGAGGAGAGCCGCACAACAACACUUGGGUAAGGAGACCCACUAACUACGACGAAAAAGCAUUCUGUGAGUAUCAUCAAACCUACGGGCAUUCGACGGCGCAAUGCCGAACCCUAAGAGCCAAACUUGCGGCUAAUAUGGCGGCGGGAGAGCUCCAGAGCGUGGUGAAUCUUAAGGACCUCGUCCCUACUGAGCCAAAAGAUGGAGCCGAGCCGAACGGCGCGACAGAACCCGCAAAUCCUCAACAACGAGGCGAUAACACCAAGCGCGACAGGAGAGGUGAAGCUGAAGAGCGACCCGAGCCAAGACAAAGAAUAAACAUGAUCAUGGGAGGAUCCCAAUAUUACCAAGACACAGUGUCUUCCUGA